UAACCGGCUAACGUCAAAAGGAAAUGUUAUGUCAGCUCAACUAGUAUGGAAAGUGUAUAGGCAGAACUGCUUCCAGUUACCAAACCUUUUUACAGCUGGAUUCGCAAGUGACAGGUGGUUAUUUUUCAGCACUCAGCUGAGACCCCAGUUUUUAAGUUGAAGUUAUCUUUCUAAAAAUAUAUCCAAAAUGCUAAGUUUCUGUGUCAGAAAAGCUAACUUUGAAAAAUGCAGUUCUUUUGCUGCUUGCAUACUUCAAAGCAACAAGACAUCGUCAAUUCUUUUGACUAGGAAAUCUCACACUGCAUUGCUAAGUAAAAAGUAUGCUUCCAAACUCAUUGAUGGUAAGAAAAUAGCAGCACAGAUACAAGCUGAGGUUAAAAUGGACAUCCAACGAUGGAUUGCCCGGGGAAAUCGAGGACCACAUCUCAGCGUGCUGCUGGUUGGAGACAAUCCUGCCAGUGCUGUCUACGUUAACAACAAGCUAAAAGCUGCUCAAAAAACUGGCAUAUCAAGUGAAACAAUAUUCCGUACAGCAAACACAUCUGAAGCAGAAGUCCUGGACAUCAUCCGAGAACUGAAUGAUAGUCCAAAUGUUGAUGGCAUACUCGUUCAGCUACCAUUGCCACAGCACAUGAACGAGAGAAGAGUUUGCAACGCUAUAGCACCGCAUAAAGAUGUGGAUGGUUUCCAUGUUGUGAAUGUGGGAAGAUUCUGUCUGGACAUGAAUGCUCUGAUGCCCUGCACUCCAUUGGGAAUUAUGGAAUUAUUGCGGAGAAGUGGUGUUGAGACGUUUGGAAAAAACGCAGUUGUUGUGGGAAGAUCUAAAAAUGUUGGAAUGCCUAUGGCUAUGUUGUUGCAUGCAGAUGGAAAUGGAGAAACUCAAGCAGGUGAUGCUACUAUCACUGUUUGCCACCGGUAUACACCAGCUGACCAACUGGUUGAAUACACGAAAAUGGCUGACAUAUUGGUUGUUGCCACUGGAAUACCGCAUCUAAUUAAAGCUGAUAUGGUCAAAGAAGGUGUAGCAGUCAUUGAUGUUGGUAUAAAUCGAAUUAAAGACCCUCUUUCUGGAAGACCAAAACUGGUUGGUGAUGUUGAUUUUGACAGAAUAAUAGAGAAAGCCAGUAAAAUAACUCCAGUACCAGGCGGUGUUGGGCCGAUGACAGUAGCGAUGCUGAUGAAAAAUACUUUGACAGCAACAUGCAGUUCUAUUCGAUAUGAAACUGGAACCAUCGCUGAGUAUCAGACUUGGGAAGACGAUGAAGAAAAAAUUGCUUUUGUUCUAUAAAUGUUUUGUAAAUAUGUUGCUUACAUAUAUUUAUUUGUAUUAUAUGUCAAUGAUUUACAUUUCUUUUUGCCUACAUCAUGGAAUUGAUUAUUUGACACAAUUCUAUCCAAAGAUUUCUUCUGAGAGAGAAUCAAACUAAAAAAACGAAUUUGAUUUUCGAAUUCAAACGAUUCGAAAAACGCUUUGAUAAAAGUGGUAUAUUGUAAAAAAGUAUAUCAUUUGUAAAUAAAUGUAUUUUUAAUAUUUGAUUUGGAAUAUUAUUUUUUAUCUAAUAUGUACUUAGUGUUUAUGCUCUUGUCUAUAAAAUAAAUACAUUUUUUGUUCUUUGA